CCGGGUUGUCUGGCUGGAAAAGGCGCUCCGCGACUCUUUCUCUGCGUAUGCCAUGCCUCGGCUCUCCCGCUCCUAGGGCUGAUGCAGGGAUUUUCUGCAGCAGCAAAGUGACAACAGUGAUUGCAGCAAUCCCUCAAUGGCACUUGGUGAUCAGUGCUUUUCGAUUCCUUCUUUCCCUUCACACCUCCCUCCCCCCUUCCCUCCCCCCCCCCACCGCCUUUCCAAUCUCUCAGGUGAGGUGAUAUAUCGUCCCACCCCGUCGUCGGCGAUGUGCGGCCAAGCUUUUUUCCGUCUUUCGCCCGGAGCCGGAAACACUUCGGCCGCUGGCUCGACGAGACUUCGGUCUUUUGUCGAGAUUCCGUCUGCCCGGAGUCGACGUUCCGUAAUGCCCGCUGGGCGCUGGGCGCUGGGCGGUCAGCUGCCCCGGAAGUUCCGGUCUGAAAAUUCACGAUACCCUCUCUCGUCGUCCCUUGUCGUCUCGCCUCACUGCACCGGAGGUGGUGGACAGGAAAAGGAUAUCUCGGACCCUAUAAAUGGAAUUAAGCUUGAAGUGCAGCUCCCACUCCCAACACACACACCCCCCCCCCUGGCCAACUCUCCCUGCCUCCCUGCCCUGCAAUCCUGCCUCCCCCUUCGGCUGCUUCGUCGUUCCCGGGGACAGGCCUCAGUCCCACACGCGCGGGCCGUUCUUCACACACGCCCCUGCCAUCUCGGUCUGAUAUGUGUCGCACGCCCGGGGAGGGCCGGCUGGCUGGCUGGCUGGCUGGGCUGCACACACACGCGCGCCUAUGAACGCACAUGACCAAGAAACCCCAGGCACACACAUACCUACAAACAUACACACACACAAACACCCCGCGGCCCAAGGUUUCCGGUGCCUUGCUGGGUCGGGGGGGGAGGGAUGUCACACGGCGUCGGGGCACAAAACCCCACGCGUACUCCAGCCCCGACAGCCUCAUUCACAACCAGAAAAAACAGACGGGCGGCCAGCCGGCCAGCCAGCCGUUCGGAUGUCUUGCCGCUGCUGGCUGGCCCCUUGCUCCCUCCCUCCCCCCCCCCCGGCCCCCUUCGGCGCACAGCGCCGUGCUGCAGGCAGGAUUUAAGGUUGAGGCUCAAGCGGGCAGGCGGCGGGCAAGGCGGGCAGCAGCAGCAGGUGCAGAAGCGAGGAGCAAAACGGUUGGGCCCACUUUGCCUGGUGUAAGCAAGUGUGUUUUGCGUCUCUGCCGCUGCUGCACUGGACAUGUGUGUGUGUGUGUGUGUGUGUGUGCCCAGGUAUGUGUGCAUUGCCUGUCGCAUCAAAUAGGUCGGUCCCUGGGGCCUCGGCUUGCCGCUUACAUGCUCCCACGGGCUUCACAAAAGCUUAGUUUGGAUGAAAUGAAGACAAACGCAGGUUCGGGCCCCAUCGCCUGGCCAGAAGCUUAUUGUUAGCAUGUCGAGCGAACCGAAGCUUAUUAUGCCAGACUACUACCUGCUCCCUCGGCGGACACGGCGCAUUGCACGCUGUACCUACACAUAGACACAGACACAGACACAGACAUCGCUAGUUGUAAUCGAGGCCCGACGCACCCUUGAGCUAUUAACCUCCCGUGCUAGAUCGAACCGGCUGUUUGAAGACCCAACCUUGAUCCUCCUCAGCUGCAGUGAUUCCUUCCUGCGAACGCGCGCCAGGCCGCCCCGUCCGCCCGUGAGCCUGUUGCGUUAAAUGUAUGUUAGCCCCGGGGGCCAGCCAAAGAAGGAAAUAAAAGGCAUGUGAACGAAACCGGCCAGGGUGGUUGGUGGUGGUGGGAGUUCUUUUUUGGCUUUCAGGUGAGGUUCCCCGGAUAGCCUGCCCCGUGAGCCUGAUAUCUAGCCGAACAGUGGGUCGCGGAACCCGUGGGCAGGAAUACCACAGUAGAUAAUAAGAGGGAAACUCAAAUUCCUGUUGCUCCGAAGUUCCUGCUUCAGCCCGGCGCCUGCAGGCCCGCUGCAUGCACGUGUGGUCUCUCUAUCACUCUCUCCCUCUGCUCCGGGGAUACUCCCCCGGGCGGGCGCUCAUGAAUAUUCCCCCACUGAUCACGGCUUAAGUCUGAGCCCUAUGCAGUGGGCAUUUUGUAGUGGGUCCCCACUGGCUGGCAAAUGUAAAAAUGGCCAGGCAAAAGUUCGGCUUGUGCAGAAGAAGGGACGGGCGGACGGUUGUAGCCGGCAUCCUUCAUGCAUGCAGCCCUUACCGUCCCGGGGAGGUACACGCGCUGACCGGCAGACCGGACGACGUCGACUGACUUGCCAUGAGUUCCGGGUUGCUUCUGCGGCGUGUGCGUCUUGCGCCUGCGCGUUGUGUGGGUGCCUGCCAAGUGGAUGGGCAGGUGAAUGGGUGUGCGUGGAGCACCGCCAAGCCGCCCCAGACAUGUCGGCAAGUACAUGCCCAGGUUGCCAGGCCAGGGCCGGCUGUGGACACUUGUGUCUGCCGCGCCCGCCGGCGGGUGGCUGUCUGGGUGUGGUUUGAGCCCUGCGGUCCCAUUACUCGGACCCCAGUGCCCAGGUGGGCUGGCGGGCUGGCUUGGUUCCUCGGAUGUCGC